AGGCAUUUCCUGCUCAGAGGGUACUUCGAAACUACCACCGCCUUUUAAGAUCCUGCAUAGAAAAUGCAAGCUCCAACACCCAUGGUCAUUGUGACCCAACCUGGGCUGAGUCCUUCAGCCCAAGUCUCCAACUGGCAGACUGACUUGUGUGACUGCUUCAGCGACUGUGGAGUUUGUCUUUGUGGCACAUUCUGCUUCAUGUGCCUUUCAUGUCAAGUUGCAUCUGACAUGAAUGAAUGCUGCCUGUGUGGAACAAGUGUCGCAAUGAGGACCCUCUACAGGACCCGAUACGGCAUUCCUGGAUCCAUCUGUAAUGACUUUAUGGCGACUUAUUGCUGCCCUCACUGUUCUCUCUGUCAAAUCAAGAGAGACAUCAAUAGAAGGAGAGCCAUGAAUGCGUUCUAAAGAGCUAAUUAUAAAAAGCUCUUACUGGAACAACUAAAAUCAGCAUAUAUGCCUUCAGCUUGACAACUUCUCCACAUUUAGCAUCUGAAAUAUGAUAAAUAAGUUUAAUCAGAAUUGAUGGGCAAAACAUCAAUGGUUUUGUUUAUUUUAAAAGAAUGUUGUCCCUUGGUUUUGCUCUUUUCUGACUUGUAAAUUUUGGAGAUUUCAUUUAAAAUCUAAACCAAGGGUUUUGCUCUCAUGAUCUCAUCAUUUGAUGUCUCAAUCAGAGAGCUUACUUCAUAUGCAACUCUCUCCCUCUCAUCUAAGAACCUCAAGAAAAAAGGUGAUGGUAAAAUAAUGACUCCAGGACAAUUAUGGGACAUUUAGGGAAUGUACCGCCCUCCUUUCAUAUUAUCUAUAAUUGUUGUUGAUGCUGAGAAUACAAGAUUUUAUGUAAACAAAACGGCAUGAUUUGUUUGUUGUGUUGUUGAU